GUUCAGUCGAGGCUGGAGGAAGUGACGCAGGAUGCGGAAGUGACGCGGGGAAAAUUCCCAUAAUGUUCAGUCAUUGAGUAAAGAAGAGCAGAAGAGGAACACAAAGGAGUGUGUGAUGUCGGGUUCAGCGGAGUGUGUGUGUGUGUGUGUGUGUGUGUGUGUGUGUGAGUAAGAGUGAGAGUAAGAGUGAGAGUGUGUAAGUGUGUGUGUGUGUGUGUGUGUGUGUGUGUGUGUAGCAUAGUAGCCUGAUUACAGUAGGGACAGUGCUGUGUGUGUGUGUGUGUGUGUGUGUGUGUGUGUGAGACCCGAGGCUGAUGUGAAAUUCCUCACUGUGUAAAGGUUAACGGAUGCUGGCUUCUGGGCGAUGGACCUCUCUCAGAUGACACCACUGUCCUCAGCUCCGACGCUCGGGGCAUGGUGACCGCUGUCAGGUGGCGUUCAGCCGGAGCCGAGCGGGCCUGAGGAGGAGAGUCAGGAAGGAGAAGGCGUGAUAAAGAGGAAAAGAGAGACAGGAGGAGAGAGAGAGUGAGGACGCCAUGGGCCAGUGUGUGACUAAAUGUAAAAACCCCACAUCCUCUCUGGGCAGCAAAAGUGGUGAAAAGGAUGCUGGGAAGUCCCAUGGCAAAAAAGGAAGUGGAGGAGGAGGAGGAGGUGGGCCCAAAGAGGAGGCCAAGUUUCCUGCCGAUGUCAACGGCACCAAGUCACCAGAGGUUACCACGGACACCUCUGCGACCACGCCCCUUUCUGAUGUGAGGAGGGAGGAGACUGCGCCGGAUGGGGAGGGGCUUUCUCUGGCUCGGAUAGAGGAGAUGUUUAUGUGUUAUAAGGACGAGCAUGAGGACGCCAUCUUGGAAGAAGGGAUGGAGCGUUUUUGUAACGACCUGCACGUGGACCCGGCCGAGUUCAAGGUGCUGGUGCUUGCCUGGAAGUUUCAGGCUGCGACCAUGUGCAAGUUCACAAGACACGAGUUCAUGGAGGGCUGUAAGGCGAUCCAUGCCGACUCGGUGCAGGGGAUCUCUCAGCGUUUCUCAGCCAUGUUAGACGACUGUCGCUCUGAGGAGAAUUUUAAGGACUUGUAUCGCUUCACGUUCCAGUUCGGGCUGGACUGCGGCGAGGGCCAGCGCUCGCUACAGCGCUGCAUUGCCAUCGCCCUCUGGAGGCUGGUGUUCACUCUGGACACGCCGCCCGUGCUCGAGCGCUGGCUCCACUUCCUGUCAGAAAACCCAUGCGGCGUGCGCGGCAUCUCGCGCGACACGUGGAACAUGUUCCUCAACUUCACGCAGAGCGUCGGGCCCGACCUGAGCAACUACAGCGAGGACGAGGCCUGGCCCAGCCUCUUCGACUCCUUCGUGGAGUGGGAGAACGACCGGCGCAGGAGGGAACAGGAGCAGCGAGAGACAGGGGGAGGGGGAGGGGGCGGGAACACGGACUUCGCCGCUGAGCCCGAGCCCACGGCAUGAUGGGAAAGAAACACCGGGCUGGGAGCGUACAGGAGAACACAGAGUCCCUGAAAGUGCAGGAAAACGCAGGGCCAGAACUGCUAACCACCUGGCACGGGCCCUAAGCACAGCACGGCGCGGCACAGCACGGCAUGAUGGGAAACUGUGAAGCACUGGGAUGGAUGUGGAGAGUAUUAUACCCAGAACCCUUACUUUAUCCGUGAUGACCUGACGACGCCGAUGGUCAUUUUAUAUUUUUAGGCUUCAUUGUAACAUAAACGGACGUCCUUAUUACUCCCCCCGAGUUAUUUUAUUGAAAGGGCUCCAAAAAAACUAAAUUGUGUUUUUUAGCACUUCUAUUUAAGUUAUUGUUUUUAUUUCUUUCAAUUUUUAAAAAUUGUUCUUAAAUAUUCAUAAGUCACACCAAACACCAGACGCGUCCCAGACGUGUGUUGCCAUGGCAGCAGUGCGACCUUUGACUUUUUGUUGCUUAUAGAAGAAGGGAAAUCUGUUCCAUAUCCACAAAAUGAUGUCAGGAUGAGGGAGAGAGAUCAGGGCAGGGCUUUAACGGUUAACUCCAGCACACAGCGCCUACACCUUUACUCGCUAUUAUCAGAAAUACACUCUCUCCCUCUCUCUCUCUCUUUAUCUCUCUCUCUCUCUCUUUAUCUCUCUCUCCCUCUCUCUCCCUCUCUCUUUAUCUCUCUUUAUCUCCCUCUCUCUCCCUCUCUAUCUCUCCCUCCCCAUCUCUCUCUCUCUUUACCUCCCCCCCUCUCCCUGUCUCUUUUUCUCUUGCUCUUUCCCUCUCUCUCUUACCCUCUGUCUCUCUCUCUCUCUCUCUCUCUCUCUCUCUCUCUCUCUUUCUCCCUCACCUCUCUCACCCUGUCUCUCUCUCUUUUUACCUCUCCCCUCUCUCCCUCUCCGUCUUUACCUCUCUCCCUUUCUCUCUCCCUCUCUCUCUCCCUCUUUCUCUUUACCAUCUCCCUCCCCAUGUCUCUCCUUCUGUCUCUCUUUACCUCUCUCACUCUCCCUCUCCCUCUCUCUCUUUAACUCUCCCCUCUCGCUCUCUCUCCCUGUCUCACUCUCUCUCUCUUUACCUCUGUCUCUCCCCAUCUCUCUCUCUCUCUUUACCUCUGUCUCUCCCCGUCUUACUCUCUCUCUUUCUCACCCUUUCUCUCUCUCACCCUCUCUCUCACCCCAUCUCUCUCUCUCACCCUUUCUCUCUCUCUCUCACACCCUCACCCUUCCUCUCUCUCUCUCACACCCUUUCUCUCUCUCUCUCACACCCUCACCCUUCCUCUCUCUCUCUCACACCCUUUCUCUCUCUCUCUCACACCCUCACCCUUUCUCUCUCUCUCUCACACCCUUUCUCUAUCUCUCUCACACCCUCACCCUUUCUCUCUCUCUCUCACACCCUUUCUCUCUCUCUCUCACACCCUUUCUCUCUCUCUCUCACACCCUCACCCUUUCUCUCUCUCUCUCACACCCUUUCUCUCUCUCUCUCACACCCUCACCCUUUUUCUCUCUCUCUCACACCCUUUCUCUCUCUCUCUCACACCCUCACCCUUUCUCUCUCUCUCUCUUUACCUCUCUCUCUCUCUCUCUCUGUAAAUUAAUUUGCAGUUGAAGGUUAUUUUAUCUGCUGUGACUUUUUUUGCGGUUUACAGUUUUUCCCUUGCGGUGAUUUCAUUUCUGAUUCCUUUUGUCUGGUUUUAUAUAAAGAUGCUACAAUUUAUAACUAAUAAAAACGUGUGAAAUUGGGCAGUGGACCACACAAA